AUGGCUGCUGUUUCCGAAGCCAAGCGCAAGUACACACAGCUCGACCAUGUGGACUGGUGUCGAUGGUGGAACGAUAUUAAUCACCAAAACGGACGCCCGGAUAAGAACAUCGAUUUUUACUGGGCGGAUAUCUUUCCUAUUCGCACACCCACGGUGCUGAGGGUUGUUCUCGUGGAGCCAAGGCUAGUUGACAUACUAUUCAGAGCAUGCUGGGAACAAAAUAAAGAUAUGUCUUCAGACGACAUUCUUCGCUCUGUCAUUGCCGAAGCUGGCUAUGAUGCAAACCGGAUCAUGAUUCAGGCCAAUAGCUCAGAGAUUAAGCAGAACCUGAGGGCUAGGACGAAGGAGGCAAAGGACACUGGAAUAUGCGGCGUUCCGAGCUACAGAGUGUUCAGGCGGAAGAUCGGAAGUGGGGAUAAGGGGUGGAGGCUGACGGGUGAUAUCGUCUGGGGUCAGGACGAGACAGCAGUGGUCGAGGAUUUGAUCUCUGGCUGGGAUGGGCAGAGCAGUGCCUCCGAACCUGGUGAAGUUCCUCAUUCCCGGACAAGUAGUACGAAGCUGUAG